AUGAUUCUGUGAAUUUUGUAGCGGCGACUGCGUCGACAAAGAACACAAACUCCGUCGCUUGACUUUCUAGUUCACGAUGACUGGGUGCGUGAACGACACGGCUCGAGCCUUGGCUUGCAGAAACACCGUCGCUGCUACCCAUCUCAAGCUCAUCUCAAUCUUGGUAAUCUUCUUCACCAGCGUCUUGGGCAUCUCCUCUCCCGUGCUUCUCGCCCGAUACUUCCAAGGCAAACCCGUCUAUGACAAAGCAAUUCUGGUCAUCAAGUGCUUCGCCGCCGGGGUUAUCCUCUCUACUUCCCUCGUCCAUGUGCUUCCAGACGCCUACGACGCCCUUUCCGACUGCUCCAUCGCGUCAAGACACCCCUGGAGAGAUUUCCCUUUUGCCGGAUUAGUCACUCUGAUUGGAGCCCUUUUGGCCCUCCUGGUGGAUAUAACCGCAACUGCCCACGUGGACCACGGCCACGGGCAUAAACCGAGCGGCGGCAACGAUUACCUUCCCGUGGGAACACAAGAUGUGAAUAGUGGGAAAAAACCUACAGCUGGUUUGUCGAAUGAGGAAUUGGCGAAGGUGAAGCAGAGGUUGGUGUCACAGGUACUGGAAAUUGGGAUAAUUUUCCACUCAGUGAUCAUCGGAGUGACGAUGGGGAUGUCACAGAACCAGUGCACGAUCCGGCCGCUGGUCGCCGCCCUCGCGUUUCACCAGAUCUUCGAGGGGAUGGGUCUAGGUGGAUGCAUUGCUCAGGCAGGAUUUAGUGUGGGAACUGUAGCAUACAUGUGCUUUAUGUUUUCAGUGACGACUCCAGUAGGGAUACUGCUGGGGAUGAUAGUGUUUUCAGUGACGGGUUAUGAUGAUAGUAACCCCAAUGCCUUGAUCAUGGAAGGGCUGUUGGGUUCUCUAUCUUCUGGGAUACUCAUAUACAUGGCUCUUGUUGAUCUUAUUGCUGCGGACUUUUUUCACAACAAACUGAUGAGUUCACAGAAAUGGUUGAAGAAGGCAUCAUUUAUUGCCCUUGCACUUGGUUCUACCUCAAUGUCUAUCCUUGCCCUUUGGGCUUGAAUUUUUUUAUCCUUAUUAAAAGAACAAAAACGAAAAUUUCCUUUAGAAGAUUGGAUGAUACAUAAUGUAUGAAUAACUUCUGUUUCUUCUGUGGUUAUCUUCGUACUUUUUUUCUUUUCUUACUAUUUUUAUGGUUUUUAUAGGAAAUAAAAAACCACUUCUUUA